AUGUCUAAGCAAAACCGAGAUGUGGAGUUAGAUCGCCUGGUCCAAGACAAGCCGCUUAGCCACAGGACCCCCAAUGCUGCUUCCCAAAACAUAGCCGAGCAUCUCCCUAAUGUGCCGAGCUACCGAUACCCCACCACCCGCAUCCCUGUCCUCAUCACCAGGAGGACGGGGGUGUCGAAGCCCAGCUUCGUGAAGGAGGCAAAGAGCUCAGUCCGCCGCUUAGUGCCUGCCACAAGAGAACAUCCAGCUGUGAAAGUUGAAGAUGCUGAUGCUGAGAGCGUGCCCCUCCAGGUGGAAGAAAAGCCCCCCAGUCCAGUGUUGUUGCCACCCUCCCCAGCCAAAUCAGAAACCCUCACAGUUCCUGGCCAGGCUUCAGCAACCACCAGGAAGAAGCUGCCCUCCCAGGAUGAUGAGGUGGAAGAGCUCAAGGCCCUGUCUCCGGCACAGUCACCCGUGGUGGCCUGGUCGGGUCCAUCCAGUCCUCAGGGACAAGAUGCUGCUGACCGCGCUGAGUCCACAGCUAGCCAGAAUAGCGCCAUCAUCAAUGACCGGCUCCAGGAACUGGUGAAACUCUUCAAGGAACGCACAGAAAAAGUGAAAGAGAAACUCAUCGAUCCUGAUGUCACCUCAGAUGAGGAAAGCCCCAAACCAUCCCCUGCCAAGAAAGCCCCAGAACCAACACCAGAUCCCAAAGCAGCGGAGGCUGAAACAGCUAAAGAGGAAGAACAUUACUGUGAGAUGCUGUGUUGCAAGUUCAAACGCCGCCCGUUGAAAUUGUACCGGUUCCCCCAAAGCAUUGACCCCCUCACCAAUCUGAUGUAUAUCCUUUGGCUUUUCUUCGUGGUCCUGGCCUGGAAUUGGAAUUGCUGGCUGAUUCCAGUCCGAUGGGCUUUUCCAUAUGAGACUCCCGACAAUAUCCAUCUCUGGCUAAUGAUGGACUAUCUGUGUGACUUCAUCUACUUCUUAGAUAUCACCGUGUUUCAAAUGCGCCUGCAGUUUGUCAAAGGAGGCGAUAUUAUUACAGACAAAAAGGAAAUGCGGAACAACUACCUAAAGUCUCAGCGUUUUAAGAUGGAUAUGAUUUGUCUCCUGCCCCUUGAUUUACUCUAUUUGAAAGUUGGUGUGAAUUCCCUCUUACGGCUGCCACGUUGCUUAAAGUACAUGGCUUUCUUCGAGUUUAAUAACCGGCUUGAAUCCAUUCUCAGCAAGGCAUAUGUUUACAGAGUCAUAAGAACCACAGCCUAUUUGCUCUAUAGUUUACAUUUGAAUUCAUGUCUGUAUUACUGGGCAUCAGACUACCAAGGAAUUGGGUCCACUCACUGGGUUUAUGAUGGAGUGGGAAACAGCUACAUUCGAUGUUACUACUGGGCUGUCAAGACCCUGAUCACCAUUGGGGGACUGCCUGACCCUAGGACUCUCUUUGAAAUUGUAUUCCAGCUCCUGAACUACUUCACAGGGGUCUUUGCUUUCUCCGUUAUGAUAGGGCAGAUGAGAGAUGUAGUUGGGGCAGCAACUGCAGGACAAACAUAUUACAGGAGUUGCAUGGAUAGUACCGUCAAGUACAUGAAUUUCUACAAAAUCCCGAGAUCAGUUCAGAAUCGUGUGAAGACUUGGUAUGAAUAUACAUGGCAUUCUCAAGGCAUGCUGGAUGAGUCUGAAUUAAUGGUGCAGCUUCCAGACAAGAUGCGGCUGGAUCUUGCUAUUGAUGUCAACUAUGAUAUUGUCAGCAAGGUGGCUCUUUUUCAGGGCUGUGACAGGCAAAUGAUUUUUGAUAUGUUGAAGAGGCUAAGGUCUGUCGUUUACUUGCCCAACGACUACGUGUGCAAGAAGGGGGAAAUUGGAAGAGAAAUGUACAUUAUCCAAGCAGGACAGGUCCAGGUACUAGGUGGGCCAGAUGGCAAAGCUGUUCUCGUGACUCUGAAAGCUGGAUCUGUAUUUGGAGAAAUAAGCUUGUUGGCUGUUGGUGGGGGAAAUCGUCGGACAGCAAAUGUGGUAGCUCAUGGGUUUACCAAUCUUUUCAUUUUGGAUAAGAAGGACUUGAAUGAAAUUUUGGUUCACUACCCAGAGUCUCAGAAGUUGCUUCGGAAGAAAGCCAGGAGGAUGCUAAGAAAUAACAACAAGCCCAAAGAACAGAAGAGUGUGCUCAUUCUUCCUCCAAAGGCUGGCACUCCUAAGCUCUUCAAUGCAGCUUUAGCUGCAGCAGGAAAGCUGGGAGGGAAGGGGGGAGCAAGAGGCGGGAAACUUGCCCAUUUACGAGCAAGGCUGAAAGAAUUGGCUGCAUUAGAAGCAGCUGCGAAGCAACAGCAAGAGCUGGAACAGGCCAAGAGUUCUGCUGCUUCAGCAGCCCCAGAUAAACCAGAGUCAGCAGCUCCAGAUAAAGCCGAAUCCGUGGCUCCAGAUAAAGCAGAACCGGCAGCUCCGGAUAAAGCAGAAACCGUGGCUCCAGACAAAGCAGAAUCAGCAGCUCCAGACAAAGCAGAAUCGGCAGCUCCGGAACCAUCAGUCGGACCAGUGUCAGCUGCUCCAGACCCACCAGAUGCCCAUCCUCCAUCUUCAUCCUCCCCCAAGAAGUCAGAGGGAGAAGGUGAUGGGGAAGUCGUGGCUGAGUCUAAAGAUCACUCUGUCAGAAUCCGUAUAAGUCCUGACCCAGGGAGUGAUGAACAAAUUCUCUCUGUAGAAAUUCCAGAAAAGAAGGAUGAUGAAUGA